AUGGCUAUAUUUCUUGGGGGUAGUCAGCUGUGCGCCGCAGCACCGAAUGUGGACGUCCUCGCCGUCCGAGUAUUCCAGGGCCUUGGUGGCUCAGGCAUGAUAUGGGCGGUUGGAAGCGCAGUGGGACCUGUCCUCGGUGGUGUAUCUGUUACGAAACUCAGCUGGCGAUGGUGUUUCUGGAUCAACCUACCCAUCGGCGACCUCGACUUCGCCGUCCUCCUUCUCUACCUUCACGUCCCCAACCCCCGAAAACCCCGAACGACCGGCCUAAAAGCCAUCGACUGGACCGGCAUCCUCUUAAUCGUCGGCCCCGUAGUGAUGAUCCUCCUCGCCCUCGACCUGGGCGAUGUAAUCUACCCCUGGUCAUCGGCAACGAUGGGCUUCGUCCGCUCGCUUGUCACUGCGAUAGCAGUAGUAGUUGGCGGCGUGGUAUUCCAGGCUAAGACGACGGCUGCUAAUGGAGCACUGCCCCAUAGACUUUGUGGUGACAAUGCGCUAGCGAGGGAGUUUGAUGGGGACCUUGCGGCGUCGAAUGUGGAGAAGAUUAGUGGUCUCGAGGAAAGUGAACAAGUUGCUGUCAGAGGGACGUGUUUUCGGGCGCUGCGGAUGGUCUGGGUUAUGUAUGUUACUUUUGCAUGGUUGGCGUUGGUGGUUACGCUGUUUGUGAGGGCUCAUAAUCUGAGAAAGGAGAAAGAGGGGGCACUGUUGGGGGUGGAGAGGGUAACCCGGGAUGGUAGGAGACGAGAUCCAGAGGUUGGGAUGCAAGAUAUAUGUGAUUGCCGGGAAACCGUCUAG